UAUAUAUAUAUAUACUCACACACAUGCAUAUAUGUGAUUAGCAAUUUAGUGUUGUUGCAUUCUUCGAUUGAAACGCAAUAUAAUGUCGUAACAUAAGUUGAUAAUUAAUUAAAAUGGCAUAUACGACAUGCAUGCAUGAUAUAAAAACAUUAGUUUGGGUUUUGCAGGCCGAAAACGUGACGCAACUCGAACUGUCAUCAUCGUUGUCGUUCCAUUAAUUUUGUGCUUAAUAUUUGGUGCUUGUGUUGGCGUAUGCCUGAGAAUGAAAAGGAAAACGAAGCGAGAUCGUGAAACACUUGCAAAUGAUGAUGAGGUAAGUGCUGUAGAAUCCUUACAACAUGAUUUUAGCAUAGUUAGAGCGGCCACUAAUAAUUUCUUCGAGUCUAACAAGCUGGGGCAAGGAGGAUUUGGUGUUGUUUAUAAGGGAAAAUUUCAAAACGGCCAAGAAAUAGCAGUGAAAAGAUUAUCAACGAGUAGUCGAGGUCAAGGAGAUUUGGAAUUCAAGAAUGAAGUAUUAUUAAUUGCGAAACUUCAACACCGGAAUCUAGUUAGGCUAUUAGGGUUUGCAAUGGAAGGAAAAGAAAGGCUUCUUGUGUAUGAACUCGUACAGAACGCAAGUCUAGACCGCUUCGUAUUCGACCCAAUCAAGCGUUUUUAUUUCGAUUGGGAGAAGCGUUACAAAGUUAUAGUGGGUAUUGCGAGGGGACUUCAUUAUCUACACGAGGACUCUAGUUUCCGCAUUAUUCAUCGUGAUAUCAAAGCCGAAAAUAUCCUACUAGAUGCUGAAAUGAACCCUAAAAUAGCUGAUUUUGGUACGGCAAGGUUGUUUCAACAAGAUCAAAGUGGGGCCAAUACUCGAAGAAUAGUCGGAACAUAGUAAGUCAUUUUAAUUACUUCUAUAGUUUAAACGUAUAUAUAUUUUCUUCCUUGUAUAUUCUUGUCGUUUCAAAUCGAUAUUUCAUAUCUAAUAACAUACAUAUAUAAAUGUAUCUAUUGCAGUGGAUACAUGGCACCGGAGUAUGCAAGAAAUGGACAAUUCUCUGUUAAGUUAGAUGUGU